AUGAGUGCCUUCUUCGAUGGGUAUGUGUAUUUGAAGACUUCAUUGAAGCAGUUUGUCGAACAAUAUGAGCGAGCUUUAAGGAAUAAGGUUGAAAAGGAGUUUCAUGCUCAUUUCAAGUCAUUCUCUAAAAUGGUACCAUGCGCAACACAAUUUGAAAUCGAGGAACAGGAUAGGUCAGUUUACACGAUUUCAAAAUUGAAAGAAAUUCAAGAAGAGUUCACGAGAAAGGUAUACUGCGACGUCGUAUCUACAACGGAAGAAAGUUCUUAUACGACGUAUGAUGUACGGGAGUGUAUUAUUUACGAAGGUGGUCGUAGGAGGAAAACAUUCAUCGUCUCAUUCCAGAGAGAUAAAUAUGACAUAUUUUGUAGCUGCCAUUUGUUUGAAUUUCGGGGAAUACUUUGUAGGCAUGCUAUCACAGUGCUGAUCUGCAACGAUGUCACAUACAUUCCGAAUAGCUACAUAUUGUGA